CGAGAGUUUGUUAAUACUGAAGGCAGGUCAUUAAUAAAGAGUGUGAAUAGUAGGUGUGGCGGGACGAUAAUUUGUAUCGAUAGGUAUUUUUAGUACAUCUAGUAUAUUGAAAUGUAUGGAUUUUGAGCCCUGGAAUGCACGGGCAUAUAUUCGGCCACGAUGAAUUGCCGCCAUAUUUUAAGCUGCACUUUUGUAUUGUCGCGUGGUUAGAGCAGGAGGAAAUACUGCGAAUAGAACGGGCUUACGAGAAAACCUGCUUCUCUGGGGGUAUAUCGGCCGUUGAACGCAACUCCGUGGGACCACCGACAUGAUAUUUUAUUCGCAGUCCUAGGCAAGUCGACUGCAAGGGCAACUUGCGCUUGAGUACAGGCAUUCAGCCACCUCAAGUAAGAGAGUUGUCAGAGACGCGGACAGCGUAGAUUGGACGGUCCGCAGACAGCGACCCAGAGUAGACGCAGACAGCGCAGAUUAGCUGGAGUACUGGGCAGAAUAGAAGGAUGCAGCAUUCCCCAGACGAAGUAGCCGGUUGAACGAGGAGCAAGCGACUACAACAACAAUGAGCGCGGCUUCCCAACCUAUAAGUAGUGGUGCAGGAAAUAAGCCGCCAAAGCCGAAAGUAACAUCGGCGCAGCUGAUUCCUAACCCGACCACUGCUGUUACCGUAGUAGCUUCCCAACCUGGAAGUAUUACGACCACAGCUGGAGCUUCAGUGCCAGGACAGGCCCAGCCACCUCCAACCCAAGAUCUCUUGGAGAAAAUUGCAGCGUUGGGGAAGGAGCUGGAAAGGGAAAGAGCCCGAAACAACGUGAACACUGCCACCGAUACCGUAAUAUCGAGCGAUGUCGGGGUGAGUAGUGCGGUGUCACUGCUGACGCCAUCUUGGAGCGAUACGCCAUUUUCGAUUGGUAGCGAUCCGAUCCCAUAUAACGGAGUCGGUGCGAGCAGUGCAGCAUGUAUGGAACCACCAUCAUGUAGCGGACCAUCGCUGCUUAUGAGUAGCAGCUAUUUUACGCAAUUUUGUGCAGCCAGCACCGCCCAGACAGCGCGUGGAGUUGUGCCGCCGGGUAUAGGGAUUUAUAACGUCAUAACGCCGACUUCACUAGCGGGGUCCUACGCCUGGACGGCACCGAAUGGAAGCAGUGGAAACUAUAUGCCACGCAAGCUUCCCGAUCUGCCAGUAUUUGGAGGUCAGCCAGAAGAUUGGCCGAUCUUUCUUUGUGCGUUUACGGAAACCACUCACGCGUAUAAUUGUACUGAUCUGGAGAAUAACCAACGCUUAUUGAAGGCGCUGAAGGAUGAAGCUCGUGAGACCGUCAAGUCGCUCCUGAUUCAUCCAAGUAACGUCAGCGCUGUGAUCGAGCAGCUGCGCUUUAGGUAUGGCCGACCGGAGCAACUUAUACGCAGCCAGAUAAAUGGAAUUCGAGACGUGCCUUCUAUUUCGGAGCACAACCUGGCGAGGAUUGUACCCUUCGAAACCCGUGUGAGCAAUCUCACUGCCUUUUUGCAGUCAGCGAAGGCAGAUCAGCAUUUGGGGAACCCAACCCUUAUGGAAGACCUUGUAGCCAAGCUCCUUACAAGCAAACGAGCGGAGUGGGCAAGGCAUGCCGCUUUAAUAUUACCCUUUCCAACCAUUGUCCAUUUUAGUUCGUGGUUGACGGAGUACGCCAACGUGUUAUGUACUAUCAUGGAUGUCGAAGGGAAAGAACCAAGGCGUCGAUUGCUGCAUGCAAGCAUCGACCAAGACCGAGGGGAGCAUCAAGACAGUCGCCUUCAGACGUUGUCCAAUAUGUGGAGGACAACAUGCAGUUAAUGGCUGCAGUGAUUUCAACGGAGCUUCGCCACCAGACAGGUGGAGGCAUGUGAGGAGGCAUCGACUAUGUUUUUCAUGCCUACGAAGUGGUCACAUGCAACAUGAAAGCAAGCACAUGCAAGCUUGCAACAAGCAUGGUGAGUGUCAACUAAACGUAUGCCGGAAGAGGCAACACCGUCUGCUGCAUGGUGUGGACGACCAGCGAAGAAGGUCGCCGCAACGAAGCAGUGACAGAAGCUACAGCGAGCGGAACCAGCAGUUACCUAUUUCUAGACGUAGCCUGGACAGAGGGGCGCCGCAGGCAGCGGAAGGGACCGUACAGAGGAUUUUAAGUUGUGUCGACGCAGAACGGGAUCGCCUGCUGUUCCGUAUACUGCCAGUAACGCUGUAUGGAGCUGGUCGACGGGUGGAUACAUACGCACUCCUGGAUGAAGGUUCAUCUAUCACGAUGAUCGACAACGAACUCAGGAAGGAGCUGAGCGUGCAAGGUGAGCGUCGACAUCUUAAUAUCCAGUGGUUUGGCGGUAGAUCCACCAGGGAGCCUUCCAACGUGGUAAGUCUGCAAAUCAGUGGAGCAGGCAAGCCAAUUCGCCAUGCAUUGCGAAACGUGUAUUCCGUUUCGAACCUGAGCCUGCCGAUGAAGACUCUACACCGACGAGAUGUCCAGGGCGUGCACAAGGAUGCCCGCCUGCCAAUGAGGCCCUACAGCAAUGUGGUGCCGAAACUGCUCAUUGGACUGGAUCACGGACACUUGGGACUUCCACUUCGAACGAGACGGUUUGCCAGACAGGGACCAUAUGCGGCCACAACCGAGCUGGGCUGGGUUGUCUUUGGGCCGACAAGUGGACAAUCAACUACGCCGAGGUACUGCUUCCUAGCUGUUUCAUUGGAUGACACUAUUCAGAGAAUGGUGGAAGACUAUUUUGAUGUUGAGAACUUUGGUGUGAAGCUUGCGCCACCAGUCGCCGGCAGCGACGACGUGCGGGCGCAGAAGACAUUGGAAGAUACCACGGUGAGAGUGGGGCAACGUUACCAGACAGGUUUAUUAUGGAAGGAUGACUACAUUGUGCUUCCACAAAGCUAUGACAUGGCGUACAAGCGGUUGGUCAACGUCGAGAAGAAGAUGAAGCGCAACGGGCAGUUCGCGCAGGAAUACACUAGUGGCAGUGGCAGGCUAUGGUAUCUGCCACACUUUGGAGUAGAAAACCCAAACAAGCCGGGAAAGAUUAGGCUGCUUUUCAACGCUGCGGCAAGAGUUGGUGGAACAUCACUAAAUUCGGCACUGGCCAAAGGGCCGCAACAUUAUAAACCCUAGCCAGCUGU